UGCGGUUUGGUGACGUCUCAUCAUGCGUCCCUGAAUUUCCUUCUGGAACAUGUGUUUACCAAAAAUGUGGCUAAACUUCUAACGGAAAAGCUUUAUAACAUUAAUAUCUCUUUCUUUGUAACGAACAUGGGGAAGUUGAAUGUGGUGGUUUUGAGAUACUUAUCUCGGGAUGACUUCCGAGUUCUAACCGCUAUUGAGAUGGGCAUGAAGAACCAUGAGAUCGUCCCCGUCAGUCUCCUGGCUUCCAUCGCCAGCCUCAAACACGGCGGCUGUAACAAGAUCCUCAGAGAACUGGUCAAACACAAACUCGUGGUCUACGAGCGCAGCAAGACUGUGCAGGGCUACAGACUCAACUAUGGAGGAUACGACUACUUGGCUCUGAAGACUUUGUGCUCUAGAGAAGUCAUACUGUCAGUCGGCAACCAGAUGGGUGUGGGAAAGGAAUCAGAUAUAUACAUCGUGGCAAAUCCAAACGGUGAUCAGUACGCCCUAAAGCUGCACCGGCUGGGUCGCACUUCCUUUAGGAAUCUUAAAAACAAGAGAGAUUACCACAAACACCGGAAGAACAUGUCCUGGCUCUACCUCUCACGCCUCUCUGCCAUGAAAGAGUUUGCCUACAUGAAGGCGCUUUAUGACCGAGGCUUCCCUGUUCCCAAACCUGUGGACUAUAACAGGCAUGCUGUGGUGAUGGAGCUCAUCAAUGGGUUUCCUCUGUGUCAGGUACAUGAGCUGCAGGACCCGUCGGGUCUGUACAGCGAACUCAUGGAGCUCAUAGUCAAACUGGCCAAUCACGGCCUAAUUCAUGGAGACUUCAACGAGUUCAACCUGAUGCUGGAUGACCAGGACCACGUAACCAUGAUCGACUUCCCACAGAUGGUCUCCACGUCACACCCCAAUGCUGAAUGGUACUUUGACCGUGACGUCAAAUGUAUCAAGGAUUUCUUCAUAAAGAGGUUCAGCUAUGAAAGCGAGUUAUAUCCAACCUUCAAAGAUAUAAGGCGAGCUUGUUCUCUAGAUGUGGAAGUGUCGGCCAGUGGAUUCACCAAAGAUUUGGAGAGAGAUGCCGCCGUGCUACACCCAGCUGGACCUGAAGAAGAGGAGGAGGAUCAGGAAGAAGAUCAAGAUGAAGAAACGGAUGAGGAGGCAGAAAGAGAAGAAGAGGAUGAGAGUGGGACCAUGGCGCAGUAUGAACACGCGAUGCUGGAACUGGAGGGACUGAAAGUCGGUGAAACAAAUGCAAACAUUGAUCAGGAAGAAGAAAUGACAAAAGAAGAGGAAAUACCAUCAGGGGUUAGAAAUAUGGAGGAAAGAGAAGAGGAGGAGGAGGAAGUGAAGGAGGCAGAAGAUGACUGCCCAGAGCUGACAGACUUAUCUUCAUCUAACAGGGAGUUCAAACCUUUCAGAGAUGCAGACAGUCUUCAACAUCUCGCAGAGCACAGGAGGAGAGCAGACAGUGAGGCCACGGUUGGCAGCAUCGGGAGCUGCUCCACCAUUCCACCCGAGGUCGUUCGUCAGAAAGUGCGCAGGCAGCUCACCAAGCAGCAAAAAGCUGCUCAAAGGAGACGUCUGCAGAAAGGAGAGGCAAACCUAGUGACAAAGUCCAGGAGGGAGAACCAGAAUAACAUCAAGUCCAGCUUGGAGGGCGCCUACUUCUGGGGAUGAUCAAGACUUUAGCGUAUAUGAACUUUUAUAUUAAGACUUUACAGUUCCAGAAUUUGAUGAUUGCUGGAGAGAAAAAGCAAAUCAAAGAAUGAACAAAGUGAUGAUUUCAUGAAAAUGUCAGUCAAAACAGGACAUUUUAUAUUCAGACAGAACUACAGCAUACAAACCAGUGCCUAUUAUAAAUAUUUACUUCAGUUUGGUGCUUUUUAAAAAUUGUAAUAAUUUAAAAUACCAUUGUAAGUGCAAAACCACACAAAUAAAGGUGAAAAAGUG